UUUCAUUCAACUAAGUCGGAAGCUACCAGUACCAUAACCUGAACAAUGGACGACAAAGGCGGAAUGCAAGACAAUGGCGGACCCUGACACAAUGAGGGCUCCAGAUCCUUUCCUUCCCACACAAUUGACGGCUAACAUGCUCAACGUUGAUGGUUUUUCUACAAACAUCUCCAGGUCAAUUUUAGCCCCCCAGUCCAAUCCCACAGCCACUCCGCAUAUCCAGAGCAAUCUGGAAGAACGAGAAUAAGGAAGGCAAAAAGAGGCAGGAAGAAAUGAGCAUCUCAUGCGUUUCGAGACCAUUUCGACCAUGGCAUGCGGGGGUGAUAUAUUUCCCAGUGAAGGCCAGAGCGUCAGCUCCACAACGACAACCAAUACCAAGGCCCCGGCCAAUAAUAGACCGGCAGCGCAUCAGAAUCUCUCCGUCGCUUCAGGCUGCAGGCUACCAGGCUAUGCAUAAUGCAGCAGGAGCAGAAGAGCCGUCAAUUUCUUCAAUGCGCUACAAAUCGCCCCGCUUCUAUAUGAAUGGGGAAGGGGAGCUAGUUCUGAUUCGGGAUCCGUACCUUGAUGUCAAACAAGAAAUCACUCCAGUAAUUGAGCAACCAUCUAGACAGGGAAGUGGUAUGGAACGGCAGAAUCUGCAGAGCACAUCUGCUCAGAGAGUUGGGGCCAAGUGGUGGCUGCUAUUGUUUUGCGUCGUAUUCAUGUGGUAUACGCGACCCCGUAGCGAGACUAACAUCCAGGAAUUGCCAGAAACAAAUCAGGAACCGAUAGACUUGCGUACGAGAAUCCAGAGGAACCGGGAUUCCGAAUUUGAAUUUAUGCAAAUGUUAGCCUACGAGAUGAGCAAGAGAACGAAUAUAGAUCCGAUGGCAUUGUGGUGACGUGACCUCUUGGUUGUUUUGAUGUGCACACCUUUGGAUACCUUAUUAGUUCAGUUCUAGAAAGAGUGCUCAUCCUCUUGAGCGAGGAAAAGGCUCUCCCAACGACCGGAGAAGAGCAUCAUCAAGGGCUGAACAGCCCAGUCAUUGAAGAGAAGAGGACACGGUGCAGGAGCGUUAGAGACCGUGUCAUGACCCUUUCGCGGCAAACCACCGUGCCAGUCGCAACUUUCGGAAACAUCUAUGGAGUAGCUUUUUUCGUAUCAUUCCUUCCAAUCUAACCUGGCGUCGGCGUCCUGAGUUUGAUCUUGUUAACUUUCUAUGUAGGCCUUGAUAGUGACAGUGAGAAACCGGAAGCGGCGGAGAAGGUUUAAUCUGGCGCUGGGCCAUGAUAGAUGAGAUCAUCGAUAUUGGUGACUGUUGUGAAAUCUCGCUGGGGGGGUAAAAUUAAUGUUGUUGUAUAUAUUAUGUACUCUUG